AUGCGUCUCGAUUUUGAACCCGGAAGUCGGAGACAAGGAUGCUCUCCAGCCACCCAGCUACGAAGUCGCAAUCAGCGACAACGCAAUGACGCCACCAAAGCAUGGUCGGAAGACUUCAGACGAUGCGUCGACUUCGAAGCCAUUGACGAGCAGCAGAAAGUUGGCGCGGCUAUGACGAAUGGAGAGCAGUAUCGCAAGUGGUGGCAACAGCAGAAGGCCGAGAAGGCGGCGAGGAAGGUGGAGAAGUGGGCUGAGAAGGCAAGGAGGAGUGGGUAUGUGUACUGA